CUCAUGGCUACAAAGUCGCUCUUUUUCCACUUCCUCUCCGACGAAAUCCCCGCACUUCUCUUUCUUCGGCAGAAAAUCAUAACUAUAAAGUAACCUAGUACCCAUGGAAGCAGCUAAUAACACUGAUGUUAGUACUGAAGCAAAACCACAAGUCAUAUACCGCUGCAAGAAAUGUCGAAGGAUUGUUGCAUCAGCAGAGCAAGUUGUUCCACAUGAACCCGGAGAAGGCCAAAAAUGCUUCAAGUGGAAAAAGAGAAGCAACAAUCCCUGGGAUCAGGAGGCACCUCAAUGCUCCUCAAUUUUUGUUGAGCCCAUGAAGUGGAUGCAAGUUGUUGAAGAUGGUUGUGUCCAAGAUAAGCUUCAGUGCCUGGGUUGCAAAGCACGUCUCGGUUACUUCAAUUGGGCAGGCAUGCAGUGCAACUGUGGAGCAUGGAUUAACCCCGCAUUUCAGCUGCACAAGAGUCGAUUAGAUGAAUGCCAACUUUAAGUAUUUGCUGGUUUCUAUUGAGACGUGGUUAGUGGUUAUGUAAAUUGGUUAAAAACUUACAGUCUUCCUGCAUAUUAUUAGGGUAUAGCUAUAUGAUAUUUGAAAGUAUAUUGACCAAAUCCGAGUUAGAAUCACUUAACCCCAAUAUAUUUCUUUGAAAAUCUGGCAAAAGUCGCCUCUGCUCAAGCUCAAGUUCGUCAAAAAUGGCAAAUGGGACGAAUGCCCUCUUUUAUAAAUCCGCCCAGGCAGCCUUCGGAAUUGGGCCUCUAUCGUGGCUUCAAUCGUGGCCCUUGAUCCUGGGCUUCAGUCAUGUCCUCGAUCAUGACCUCGAGUCUGGGACUCGGUCAUAAGCAGACGGUUUUUGAUUGAUGAUGGAGUACUCGAUGUAAAGUUCAUCUCAAGUAAUUAAAGCCUAAUGGAAUUGCGAACAA